GUAUUAGUAGAGAAGAAGAAACUCUAAAAGAAAAUAUACUAUCUGAUGAUGAAUUUGAUAUAUGUAGAGAACUUGACAUUAUUUUAAAGCUAUUUUAUGAAUUAACUGAAAUGUUAGAAGGUUCAAAAUACCCUGCAUUAAGUAUAGUAACUCCAGCAAUUGAAAACCUAAGACUUUAUGGGUCUUUUUUUGAUCUUCGUUUCAAAAUUUUACUUUAUACUAAUAAGAUGUUUGAUGAGGAAAAUUAUGGGCAAACAGAAUUUGAUAAGUAUCUUAAAUUAAUUCAAUUGCCUGUAAUAGAAGAAAAUAAUCUUUUGAGAUGGUGGAGUCAGAAUAAAUAUUUGUUUCCUACAUUGGCGAAGCUUGCUAGAAAAUACUUAUUAAUUCUUGCCUUUUCUGCACCCAACGGAGGGCUGUUCUUGAAUAUAAAAAAUCACAUUUUAGAUCUAGAUAUUGAUAUAGUCAAUUGUCUUAUAUUUUUAAAACAUAAUUUAUAG